AUUUUGUGUUUCUGGCAAAGGAGGCAGAGAAUUUUUCUACAGCCUUUUUGUUGUAAAAAUUUUAAUUCACGCUCAUUGAACGGACUUUGGGAAAUGAGAAUCCUUUAAGUAUAUCUUGGUCCUCCCAGCAACGUACAAUACAUUAGCGUAAUAUGGAUUCCCGUUACGGUCGAAGCUUCUCAGGAGGCGGUGGCAAUGGAAAUGUCGGUGGAGGCGGUGGUGGCGGCGUUGGCGGCGGAAACCACGGCGGGGGCCAAUACAGACGCUACAGUCGAUCCCGGUCACGUUCACGCGAACGGAACCGAGAGCACGGGGGCUACAGACGCCACAAUUCACGUUCGCGCAGCCGCGAGCGUUCCUCGAAUUACAAUAGACAUGCCGGCGGCAGCGGCAGUGGCAGUCAGGACAAGGAUCUCUAUCGCGACCUGAUCGACGACGACUACCAAGAGGAGCGCAAUUACAACUCGCGCAAUAACUCUGACAAUCGUCAGCACCGAGGCGAGGACAACUACGACCGGCGCGAGGAUAACUAUGAUAGCAACCGCGACCACCGCUGGAAGAACUAUGAGCGCCAGUCGCGGGAACGCAACUCCGACUAUGAUCGGGGGAAUGAGCGCAACAAUCGGGGCGCUGACUAUCGGCAUCAUAAUAAUGGAAACAAUGGGAACAACAGCGCCCAACCGAACAGGGAGCGCGACAGGGAAAGGGACCGCGAGAGACGCUACUCCUCCGACGACGAUAGCGAUGUGACCGACGAGAGCCAGUAUCGUCGCAAGCAUCACAGGACCUGCAACGAAGCGCAAAACAAUAUCAUCCUCUUCGGUCUUCAGAAGCACGUUACCGAGGCAGACAUCAUGGGCGAGCUGAUCAAAGUGAAUAUGGAGCCCACUUCUAUACGAGUGAUGAGGAAGCAGCCUACAGGUGCCUCACGCUGUUUCGCAUUUGUCGAGUUUAAAACCGUCGAGGAAUCGAGACAAUGGAUGGAAAUAACUAAGGGCUUUCUCCAGUUGGGCGAUCACCGGGUGUCCAUGCAGUAUACACGCAACACACGCAUCUCGGACUGGACUUGUGUCAAGUGUGGUGCCACCAAUUUUAAGCGGCGCUACCAGUGCUUCAUGUGCAACGUCUCCCGCGAGGAAAGCGAGAAUGUGCUGUCUGGAGCUGGAGAAGGAAUCGAUGAAGUCACCCGAAUCCUCACAAAAAAGAUUAUGUUGCGCAAUCUGGAUGCCCUGACCAACGAGGAGGGCGUGCUGACUGCCCUGCAGCAGCUGCUGCCCAAGCUGGCCAAAUCUGUCAGCAAAGUGCUGAUCAGCCGUGAUACCCUAACGCAGGCAUCGCGAGGCAUCUGCUAUCUGCACUUCGACACGCUCGUUGACUCAAUGGAGUUGCACAACGCCUUGACCGCGCUGGAUCCACCUCUGACCCUAGAUGACCGUGAAGUUGCCAUUAGCUACUGCGUCGACGUUGAUGAUCGGCCGAAAUUACCAAAGGAAUCGCCAGCUGCCACCUCCACGAGUUCGGCCAGCGGAGGAAUUCCAAGCGGCUCAAUAGCAGCUGUGGCACCCUCAGGAGCUGGUGGAAGCUAUACGCUGGCCGACGUUCCCCGGCUCGCGGAGUACAGUGCCUCGUUGUAUGCCUCCAAUCCGGCGGAGCAGGCGCACUAUGUUCAGUACUACACGGACUACUACACGGCAGAGAUAGCCAAGAGCGGUAACUCAGACCCUCAGCUGACGGAAGCCAAUUCCGGGGCUGCCGUGGCUCUCUCGGCCAUCCAACGGAAGCAAAAGAAGAUGAGCAACAUUGAGACGACGGCCACAGCGGCCGCUAUAGCUGCUGCCCAGGCAGCUGCCGAGAUAAAAGCCACAUUUGCCUCCCAGAAUGUGAUCGCCCCAAGAGGAAACGAUGGGAAGACUUAUCCCGCUCCCGAUGUGUCCCGCUAUCAGUACGAUGAGAGCUCUGGGUACUACUUCGACCCGAGCACGGGUCUCUAUUACGACGCCCACUCGCAGUACUACUACAACAACGAAACGGGAGCCUACCUGUACUGGGAUCAGCGACGCAGCACCUACAUUCUGGCGACUCCAGCCUCCACGCAGGCGGCACUGCAGGAGGUGCUGGCAGAGGCCGAGCAGAAGGAUGACGAUUCCAAGAAGGAGAAGGAAAAAGACAAGGAGAAGGACGGAAACAACAAGCACGACAAGGUCAAGGUGGCCAAGAAGAUCGUCAAAGACAUGGAGAAGUGGGCCAAGCAGCUCAACCAGAAGAAGGACUACACCGUGGUGGCCACACCUCAUCCCAUCUUGACAGGAAGCGAGAUGUCGGGGCCCAGCACCUCGCGUUCCACUCCAGGCUCGUAUGCAGACGUGGGCUUCUCCAUACUGGAGAAGAAGGAGCGAGCUAAGCUGGCUGACUUUAUGCCGCCAGCGGCUCCACUGGGGGUGAAUAAGCUGUUCAAAGCCUAUGGCGGUGGCUCCGAGUCGGAUGAAGAGACUGCGGGGCCUUCAGCGGCGGCUGUUGGUGGAUCCAGUGCCGUUGCUGAUGAAAUGGACUUUGUGGACUUCCAGAAGCUGACAUGUUUGCUAUGUAAACGUGCCUUUCAAUCCCUCGAAAUCCUGCAGAAGCAUUUGAAAAUGUCGAAUUUGCACAAAGAGAAUUUGGCCAAGCUCAAUCAAGGUUCAGGAGCGUCUGCUGACGCCGACCCCGAUCCCGAUAGCGACGCCGGCUUAUCCUAUCGGGACCGUGCCAAGGAGAGGAGACUGAAGUACGGUGAAAGCGAUCCCCCGCCGCCAAAUCGCAGCCGGGAGCGCUUCGAGCAGGAGAUAAAGACAUUGCAGACACGUCAGAAGAACAACGCCAGCGCGGCUGCAGCACUGCCCAUCAGCUCGAACAAUGUGGGCAAUCGCUUGAUGCAGAAGAUGGGCUGGACGGAGGGCCAGGGUCUGGGCAGGAAGAAUCAGGGGCGCACACAGAUCAUUGAGGCUGAGGGUCGCACCAACAAUGUGGGCCUGGGAAACAAGGCUGGCAAUAUGCCACCUGGAAACGAUUACAAAUCUUAUAUUAAGAAGAUGAUGAAGCAGCGAUAUGAAAACGCUUGAAGAUUAUUUUUUUUUUUAUGAUUCCGUUUGAAUUUUGAAGUAUUCGGGCCAUACCUCAACUGUGCAUCCUCACCUGAUUGUGCUCGUUUAGAAUUAUUUAAAUGUAAAGAAUUCUACAAUAGAUAAGCACAAUAUAUCAUCAAUAAAGCAUUUCAUUCGACUUUUA